UAAGAAGGAAAAUGGGAGUUCAAGGACUUUGGAAACUGCUUGAGUGCACUGGGAGACCCAUAAACCCAGAAACGCUAGAAGGAAAAAUUCUUGCUGUUGAUAUCAGUAUUUGGCUGAACCAAGCAAUAAAGGGAGCCAGAGAUCGUGGUGGUAAUUCCAUACAAAAUGCUCACCUCCUCACUCUGUUUCAUCGACUCUGCAAGUUACUGUUUUUCCGAAUUCGGCCUGUCUUUGUUUUUGAUGGAGAGGCACCACUCCUGAAGAGACAAACCUUGGCUAAGCGAAGACAAAGAAAGGAACUCGCUGUCAGUGAUUCUAGGAAAACUGCAGAGAAACUCUUGAAAACAUUUUUGAAGAGACAAGUUAUCAAAAAUGCACUUAGAGGCAAAAGCAAUGAAGCUUUCCCCAGUAUUACACAAGUUCGAAGAGAAGAAAUUGAUGAUAUCUAUGUAUUGCCUUCUUUAAAGGAUGAAGAGAAGAACAGCUCAGAGGAGGAAGAUGAAAAAGAAUGGGAAGUGAGAAUGAGCCAAAAAAGGAUGCUGCAGGAACAGCUAUGUGAAAAUCCUCAUUCUGUAGAUAUUGAAUCAGAAGAUUUCAACAAGCUGCCUCCAGAAAUAAAACACGAGAUCUUGACAGAUAUGAAAGAAUUUACAAAGCGAAAAAGAACAUUGUUUGAAGCAAUGCCAGAGGAGUCCAAUGAGUUUUCUCAGUACCAGCUUAGAGGCUUGCUUAAGAAAAGCAGCCUCAAUCGGUGCAUAGAAAAUGUACAAAAAGAAUUGAAUCAACAGCACUCGGGGGAAAUCCAAACACAAUAUGAAAAUGAAGGUGGUUUUGUGAAAGAAGUGGAAUCUAGAAAAGUAGUCUCUGAAGAUACUUCUCACUAUAUCCUAUUAAAGGGUAUUCAAGCAAAAGAAGCUGCAAGUAGAGACUUAGAAGUUACUGCAGGACCCUCGUCAAAAAUGCUUGAAUUUAUUAAAUCGGAUAAAAUCAAUGAGUCUUCUAAUGCAAAAUUGGUUGCAUCUGCCAAGCUGCAGGCAGAGAAAGAUAACAAUUUGGUGACAGCACCGCCCUCUCCUCGGACUUUGCUUGCUAUCCAGGCAGCUAUGGUAGAAAGCAGCUCAGAAGAAGAACUGGAGGAUGAAUAUACAGGAUGUUUGAAUGUGGACCGGUUUGUAACAGGGGAAGGCAGUGUGUCCCCAAGAACACUACAAGCAAUUCAGCAAGCUCUGAGUGGUGAUGAUAAAAGGGAGGAAGUUGUUAGUGUUAAAACUGAUGGAGUGCUACCAGAAAGAUCAGAAGUGAAGGACUUUCUACUUAGCAGCUCAGAUGAGGAAGAUCAGAUUCCUGAAGUUAAGGAGGUUAAAAAAAUACCUGCAUCUGCAAUUUGUUUAUCAAACCAAGUGGUUAUGCAUGACAUUGAAUAUGAACAAAAGAGUCAAGAGUUGGAAAAAAAUCAUAUUGCACCCAAAGACACCAAUAUAUCUGGAGCUGGAAAUUAUUCUUGUAUUGAUAAUACUAGUGGAAAAAGCAAUGAAGGUGUAUAUGAAGAAAAUGGUUCCAAAAUGGACUUAAAUUCUUUGAGAGAUAAGGACUUGAACUUGAACACGCAGAAGCCAAGCUGUUCCCCUGUACAAACUAGUAUAGGGGCUUUGAUUCAUGCUGAACCAGUAGGUCUUUCUAAAAAUGAAGAAAACUUGAAAAUUUCUGAAAAUGCAGAGGAAGUAGUUUCGCAAACAGAAGAGAGCAUAUCCGAGGUACGAAAGGAUAACAGACCUUUUUCAGAAACAAAAUGUCUUGAGCAGGAAAGAGAAGGGAUAUCACAGUCUGAGGACAGCGACUCUGAUGGAAGCUUUAUUGAAGUGGAUGCUGAAGUCAGUAAAGAGCAUGAGUUUCCUACUAAAUAUGAAGAAGAAUUGAGUGAUGAAAGAACACAUCCAGAAAUGGAGACAGAUGGGCAUGCUAUUAUUACACAGGGCUUGCUGAAGGAGUCUGAUGAAGUGCAAUUGGCAAAUGAUCAGAAUGUUGAAAUAGAAGAUGACGGUAAAGAUGCAGCAGAUGAGUGGCAAGACAUCAGUUUGGAAGAGCUAGAAGAACUAGAAAAUAGCCUUUCCUCUGAGCAGAACAUGCUUCAGACUCAAAAACAGCAGCAGGAACGUGUUGCUGCUUCUGUAACAGGACAGAUGUUCUUGGAAAGCCAGGAGCUUCUCCGUCUGUUUGGCAUUCCAUAUAUUGAAGCUCCAAUGGAGGCAGAGGCACAGUGUGCUAUGUUGGACAUUACUGAUCAGACCUCUGGGACAAUCACUGAUGACAGUGAUGUUUGGUUAUUUGGUGCACGACACGUUUAUAAAAAUUUCUUCAGUCAAAACAAAUAUGUGGAAUAUUAUCAAUGUGUUGAUUUUCAGAACCAGCUAGGAUUGGAUCGGAGCAAGCUAAUUAAUUUGGCAUACUUGCUUGGAAGUGACUACACCGAGGGCAUCCCAAAUGUUGGCUUUGUAACAGCAAUGGAGAUUUUAAAUGAAUUUCCUGGGCGUGGCUUGGAACCUCUCUUAAAAUUUGCUGAGUGGUGGAAUGAGGCUCAGAAGAAUAAGAAAUUGAGACCUAAUCCACAUGAUACCAAAGUCAAGAAGAAACUGCGGGAGCUGCAGCUUUCUUCAGGUUUCCCAAAUCCAGCAGUGGCAGAAGCGUACCUGAAGCCUGUGGUGGAUGAGUCAAUGGGGUCGUUCACCUGGGGGAAGCCUGAUGUAGAGCAAAUCAGAGAGUUCUGUCAGGAUCGGUUUGGCUGGACUAGGACAAAGGUAGAUGAAAUCCUUUUGCCUGUGAUAAAACAGCUGAACAUGCAGCAGACUCAGCUUCGAAUUGAUUCAUUCUUCAGACUAGCACAGCAUGAAAAACAAGCUAUUAAAAGCCAAAGACUGCGCAGAGCUGUGACGUGUCUAAAGAGAAAGGAAAAAGAAGAAGCUGAUGAAAUUCAAGAGGCCACUGCUGCUAUGGAAGUUGAACUUAAACAGCGUGAGGAGAGGGAAGGGGAAGGUUCUGUAGGUUGUGCAAAUCAAGCUGUGGCAACAGAAGUCCAAAGUGGAAAGAGAAGAAAACGUUCAUAUUCCAGAAAAGAACAUUUAUAUGGAGGUGGCUUUAUAGGGAAUUUGUAUCUUUCAGAAACUUCUAGUGACUCCUCAGGAGAGGAAUCAGAAAUCAGAGAUUUAGGCAAAGGCAAAAAACAGAAGAACUUCUCCUCAGUGGAAUCAGUAGACUGUAAAGAGAAAAAGGGGUGCAGUAGCUCGAGUGGUGAGGAUGAAGACCUGGGAAAAGUAGUCAUGGUGACUGCCAAACCUGUGUUUGAGUGCAGGAAAAAGAAAUCACAGAGUAAACGGGGAAGAAAAAAUGUCUUAGAGGAAAACAAGUUUUAAAAAAGAGAGGCUAUGUA